AUGUGCAGGCGCUUAGGUAUCCGCGUUGCAUCCGCCGGUCGGGGCGAAAAGCUGCAAGUCGAGCUUAUCGAGGUUAUCGAACUUCCAGCGGUGGGUGAGGUCCGUCGGCUUGAAUCUGACCAGGUCAACGCUGAUAACAGCAUCGGAGAGCCUUCCAGCCUCGAACUUGACGUGCCGGGUCGUAUAGGCCUUGGAUGGUCGUCACAAGUUAGCUCGGCUGUCUACCACAGCGCCAAAUGUGGCGUUGCCGAUAUCCUUGCAUGUGUGACUGCCGGCAAGGGUCAAUUGGAUGUGCUUAACACGUCGACGUCAGUUACGACUUUGUUAGAUGUUCAGGUCAUGCAUCCUACUCACUCCACCAUUGACUCAUGA